AUGAAUGAUUCCGUAAAACCUAAGACUACGCAACCAUCUGGUUGUCUGCGGCACAGUUAUGCCAACAUGCGAAUUGACAAAAUGUCCAACUGUCGUUUGAUCUUGCACAUCCGACAACGUAGUUUCGUAUUGGUCAAUCGAAAUCUACUCAAUCAGUCAGAAGACCGUUUGUGCAGACCCAAACCAGACGAUGCAUAA